UUCUGGAUCCGAUUCCGAUGAUCCAAAGAAAUCAAAAAAUUUAGCUAUACCAGAAUUUCCAGAAAUCACCCUAUCUAACGCCACCCACAUAAUAAAAGAACAUAAAAUUCCUUCAUUUCAUGGAGAUGACGAUGAUGAAAACCCAAUUGAAUGGUUACAUGACUUGAUUAAAGUCAGUGAAGCUAAUAGCUGGGAUAGAGCAACAGCUUUACGUCAAAUACCCAUUGCCUUAAAAGACAUAGCGGCCGAUUGUCCUAAGAUUAAAUGCGGUAUUGGAAGGAGAAACGAAGAGUACCGAAAGUCGACAAAUACGACGUUUGGAACAGACCAUCCAAACGUUGGAUAUCAAUCACGAAAUAAUGCUAGAAGAAAUGAACAAAAUCAACCUAAUCAAUACAAUCAAAGAAGUCCAAAUCAGAACCAACAACAAAACGAUUAUCAAACAAAUAAUAAUCACAACAAUCAAAGAACUUAUCUGAAUCUGGGACAAGAACCAGAAGAUCCUAUUAUAAUCGAAAGUUCAAAUGAAUCCGAGACCGAAGAAUCUAACGAAGAAAAGUCCGAAAUUGAGACUGAAGAAUCUGAAGAUGAUUCGAUUAUGACUUUAGUAGCCAC